ACGAUGCAUGGCUCGAGCUCGCUUCGAAAUCCUCAAGGUAACGUGCAGCAGAGUACGAAGGCAUCUUUAUGGAUGAAGACGAGAUAGGUUGUCGAUAAGUUGUGAUGAUGAGGACCGGUGGCAACACGGAUGUGGGCGCACGGGAGAAUGGGUGAGGAAUACGGGGAUGGCGAUGGUCGGAGGAAGAGAGAGGAAGCGACGCGCGACGGAAUUUGAACCUCGCGUGCAGGAGCGUAAACAGGCCUCGCACGCGUAUCAAUUGCCAAACAAACGCGUCGCGGUGUGCAGACCGCAUGCGGUCACGGGCCCUGACUCCGUGUCCACGGCUCAUUUUUCUCGGCGUCCGUUACACCUUCCGCAUAUUCAGUCCCCGCAAAGAGUCACUGCGUUCGCAAACACUUCGCGGUCUGUUGUCAAUGCCUCGUCAGAGCGCAUAGCCCACCCCAGCCGCACACAUGUCUCGCGCCUCGCAGGGGCAGGGCGGCCACAAAGUUCAUACCAUUUUCGCGCCCUAGUCUUCCACGUAGUCGCUCUUCGACACACUCGCCCUCGCGCAAACCAGCUCCAGACGGCAGGACGGUGCACAGCCCUAGACCGCACUGCCCGGUGUGAUUGGCUUGCGCGCGGACAACACCUGUAUCUGCCUGAAAACGACACGCCUCUGUCCGAACAGAGAACAAAGACGAGUCCCAAUACGGAAAUCGAAGCGGCGGGCUGCCCCGAACCGCGAGUGACAACGGAGCUACUUGGCUGUGGCGCAUACAGUGUCCGUCUUCGAGGUCUUCCAGAUCUAUUGUCCAGCCAGGCCGCCCCAGCGGGUCCGCGACCAGUGCAUCCGGAGGCAUCCGGGUCCCCAUUCUCGACGACGGCCUAAUCGAACUUCGGGCGCAAAUGAGGUGGAAACCACGUGCCUCCCGUCGGCGCCCAACUCGAGGUCCUACAACUUGUGGUCAGCCUUCGUAUACGACUAACGCCCCCCGAUCUCGCUGCGCCACUACGAGGCUUUCCAAACAGCACUGCGGUACAUUCAGCCCACAUUGU